CUCUCAUGCAUAUACACACACAUAGUCAGACCGAGCAGCACACAGAGUUCAGGCAUCUAGCACCAUACAAAGCUCAUGACAGGACAAAAAGAUAAGCUAACAGGACAUAUCCAGAUUGGAUGAGUUUUCGGAUGCAUUUCCCUGUGCACAGGGACUGCAGCUGUGCCCUCUCACUCUGACAAAGGGAAGCGCUUGGUUCGUAGAGGUUACGCUGAGACUUCUCUUGACUGGUUUACCCAGCUGCUGCUUUUUGCCAUGCGGCUGCUCUGCGGUCUGCUGCUGCUGCUGCUGCUGUGCCUGGUUAUCUGGGCGGCUGAUGCACGAAAGGGUGGGAAAGGACUUCGAGUGCGGAGUCGAAAACGUUCAAGUACAGUCAAGCGGUUUGCUGCAGACUGCAAGGAAAGUUCAGUCAAUGGGGAAAAGUACUUUGACUGCCAAGAGCGCAAACUGACAGCGGUACUAUUGGGCUGGCCGGAGGACAUUCACCACCUGCAGCUGGCACGCAACAGGAUUCAGGUGCUGCGAGACAACACCUUCAGUCACUUCCGGAACCUGAGGAGCCUGGAUCUCCAACAGAAUGAAAUCUCCCGCUUAGAGGAGGGAGCGUUCAACGGCCUGAGCAGUCUCACCACUUUGCUGCUGCAGCACAACCGUCUGCAGGUGGCGAGCGAAGGCACGUUGAUCCCCAUGCCGCAACUCAAGUACUUGCGACUCCAUGAUAAUCCCUGGAGGUGUGACUGCCAGCUGGACUCCCUGGUCAGGUUCAUACAAGUGCCCAGUAACCGUAACAUCGGCAAUUACGCACGAUGUGCAGAGCCUAGGGAAUUUGAGGGGAGGCAACUGAAGAAGCUGGAUGCAGAACUGCUGUGCUCCCCUCAGCAGAAGAAUCAGACCUUACCGGCUUCACAAAUAAAGUCUGAUGCAACCUCUCUAUGCCACACCUAUGUCCACCCUGUGCCCCGUCUAGACUGCAGGAACAGAGACCUUAAAACUGUGCCGGCCGACAUCCCGCUGGAUAUUGUGGGAUUGGAUUUAUCCAGAAACAACAUCAAGCGGCUGAGACCAAAGGAGUUUGUAAGCGUUAAAGACCUAAAGUUCUUGAACCUGAGUGGAAACAGUCUUGAAAGCAUCGACACAGCUGCCUUUUUGGGUCUCCUGCACUUGGGAGAAUUGGACCUGUCCAACAACAGCCUGCGAUUUUUUCAAUAUGGCGUUUUGGAGGACCUGUACUUCCUGAAGAAAUUAUCUCUGGGGGACAAUCCCUGGAUUUGUGAUUACAACAUUCAUUACUUGAUCUACUGGCUGAAGCACCACCGCGGUGUGUCCCACACAGGUCUAGUGUGCAGUGAACCAGAAGAGUUUCGUGGUUGGCCGGUGGAAAACUACGUGAAGACCUACAACGCAGACUGCCCUAAGGACAAGCAGCUGGGCCAGUCACCUGGCACUGACCCGGCGGGCAUCACAGCCCAGGAGCUCACUGCUGUAAUAGACGAAGAGGAGCUGGCUUCAGAAUUGGGGCCCAGACCUUACAGAGGACCCAAGAAAUAUGAGAUCAUCCGUCUGACUUAAGGCAGAAACUGUGAUGUUGUUGGGAACUUUUUUUUAUUUUGUCAUGAACAAAUAGUUUUUCCAGCAUAAUUUAGACUGGCAGAUUUAUUCAGUCUAAUCAGAAUUCAUGCAGCUGAUGUUUACGUACAGUAUUGUGUCUAGUAUUUUUUUUAUGAGCAAUUUUGGAAAUUGAAUCUUGAUAAAUAAAAUUACAGAUUUUUUUUAUUCAU